UUUAACAAAUUAUUACAUUGUUUCUUCUUAUUUUCUAACACUUGUGUCAAUUUAACUCUAUUUCUCUAUUUCUCUCUCCAUCUAAGCUUUGUAUUCAUUUUCUCUCUCCUGUUUUUGUAUAUAAAUUUUAUUUUCUCUCUUCUUUUUUCUCUAUCACCUUCACCUUGUCUCAUCUUUUUUUUUCUCUUCUUCUUCAUCAUCUUCGCCUUCUUACACUAAAUCUCAUCUUCUUCUUCUCUUGUGUAUUAUUAUCCGUGUUCUUCUGUUUCGUGUGUUGUGUACACCAUCAUUUUGGAGUACCAACAAUCUAUUCUCAUUGUUCAUCAUUCAUCUUCAUCCUGGAUUAACAAUUUUUGGAAAUACCACCAAAGCCUUUAAAACAUAAACUAAAAUUUUUGUGUUAAUAUUUCUUGGCCAUGCAAAAACCAAAUUUAACUUACAAAAUAAAGCGUAAAGCUGUUGCUCAUUAUGAUGUUCAAAGUAUUACUGCCAACCUACACAGUCCGGUGGUGGUUUCUCAAAAGAAUACAAUUACUGGUGCCUCAGCGGCAAGUAAAAAUACUUGUGUCGAUCAAGGAGAUGGGAAAUCAAAUUCCCUUGUUAUGAGUUGUCCCUGUUUUCGAAAUGAAAUUGGUACUGAGAAAGAAGUAUCCGUCAUUUUAAAUCGUUUAACCGCCUCUCAAAGUCAAGUUCAGACCGAUGAUUCUCUUAUCAUUCACUGUCCGUCCAUGGCCUCUGGUCUUUCCAUUCUGGAAGAUUGUUCAGAUCGAUGGAGAUACAAUAUUUGCCCUUAUCAAAAGAUGAUGCUCACUACUCCAACAACAACAACAACAACAAUCAACAACGGUGCAGAGAAAAGUAAAUGUUUUAUAAUUGAAAAUUGUGAUAUAGGUGCAUCCUACUACCGGAUACAUUUCUACGGUUUAGAGCAUCAAAACUGGUUUGGCAUUGAUGAUAAUCUUGGUCCUAUUGCUAUCAGCAUCAGGAAAGAGAGAGUCAACAGUCCAAAGCCCUCCAUUAAUAAUUUUAUUAACAAUAAUACCAACACCACCAAUGUUAAUGGCAAUGGCCUUUACUCGGGUAAUGGUACAAGUACCACCAUCAUUGUCAACAACAAUAACAACAAUAAUAAUAAUAAUAUUAAUGGUAAUAGUAUCACCAAUGGUCAAACAAAUGGUUCAAUUAAUUUAUCUGUAACAACUUCAUCAAGCGCAUCUUCAAACUCAUCAUCCUCAUCAAAUUCAUCAACAACAAUAUCAUCCUCAACAACAACAACAAAUUCAUCAUCAAUUUCCUCAUCAUCAUCAUCUUCAUCAUCUUCAUCUUCAUCCUCUGUUCAAAACAAUCGGAUAAAACACCAAUAUCGAAUAAUUAUUCGUACAAGUCAACUUUCUGUCCUUCGAGGGACCGUGUAUGAGGAUUACAUUCCAGCUUUAGCAUCUUCAAGACACACUAAUCACAAUAAUCAUCAUGCGAAAGAAGUUCUUGAGUACAUAGCCCCAGAACUUAAUUUAACUACACUUCGUUUAGGCGUAUCCAAUGCCGAUGAACAGUUACUCAAGCUUGAUGAACAGGUAAUCACUCGAACCUACAAAGUAGGCGUCUUGUAUUGUAAAGCUGGUCAAGGAAGCGAGGAAGAAAUGUACAAUAACGAAAAUUCAAGUCCUCAAUUUGAGGAAUUUUUAUCCUGCCUGGGUGAACAAGUUCGGUUAAAUGGUUUUGAUAAAUAUCGAGCUGGUUUGGAUAAUAAAACGGACACCACUGGACUUUACUCAAUUUAUGCCAAUUAUCAUGAUUGUGAGAUAAUGUUUCACGUUUCAACGCUUUUACCUUAUACGCCCAAUAAUAAACAGCAACUAUUACGGAAAAGGCAUAUUGGAAAUGACAUUGUUACCAUUGUUUUCCAGGAACCUGGUGCCCUACCCUUUACACCAAGAAGUAUACGUUCACAUUUUCAACAUGUUUUUAUUAUUGUUAGAGUUUUACCACCGGAACCUUGUGAAGUUGUUGUCGGUGGUGGUGCUGGUGGUAGUGGGGAAAACAAUACCACCGGUGUCACCAGAUAUGCUAUUGCUGUUACCCGAUCCAAAGAAGUGUCUGUAUUUGGCCCACCGAUACCUGAUAAGGGAAUUUUUGUUCGAGGCAAGGAAUUUACUGAAUUUCUUUUGGCAAAGAUUAUUAAUGGUGAAAAUGCAGCACAUAAAAGUGAAAAGUUCAGUAGUAUGGCUCAACGAACUCGACACGGUUAUUUAAAAGAUUUGGCUACCAAUUAUGUCACCAAUACAACUUUAAAUGAUAUUAGUUGUGGUAAUAGUGCUUCCGCUAAAUUGGUAUCAACUAUUUUUGGUUCUAGUAAAAGACGAGGUUCACAUCGGGUAAAAGAUUGGCAAUUUAUUGGUGAUCAAGUUAUUAGAGGAGCAAUUGUUUGGGAAGCAACGGUUAACGAUUUUGGACAAUCUAAAUUAGUUGAUUGUUAUGUUGGUAUUUCCUGUGAUACCUUUAUUAUUAUUGAAGAAUUAAGCAAACAAAUAUUAUUUGCUUGUCCUAAUAUAUCAAUUAUUGGUUGGGAUGCAUCGCAUUCAAAUUAUAUUGAAAUUUUCUGCCAUCAAGGUGAAUGUAUCAGAUUAAAUUGUAAAGAUCAAGGAUUAGAUUUGGAUGAGAUAAGUGAGAUUAAAACUCGGUUGGCAUCAGUGACCAAUGGCUGUCAAACCAAAGAGUUGAUUCUCAAACGUAACAAUCAGGGUCAGUUGGGCUUCCACAUUGAACAAGACGGAAUCGUAAACGACGUUGAAAAGUUUGCCUUUGCCUGGAAUGCUGGCCUUAGGCCAAAUUGUCGCAUCGUUAAAAUAUGUGAAGUUGUAACUGCCACUCUUAAUUAUAAUGACAUGAUAGAUUAUCUAAAAACAUCAUCAACUGUUAAAAUAACAAUUUUAGAUCCCAAUCCAGAUGGAUCACCUAAAAGAGGCUGUAACCUUGCUAAAUGUCCUUAUCUGAGUUACAUGGCUGCAGGAAGCUCCAUCAACAACAACAACAACAAUAACAACAAUAACAAUAAUAAUAAUAUCAAUAGUAAUAGUAGUUUAGUAUCAAGGGAUUCACAUUUACCUUUACAACCACCACCACCCACCCAAAGUAGCCUUAACCAUGGUGGAGACUAUGAAAAUAUCAGAAUAAUGAGCGAACAAAAAAAGUAUCAUCUACCUUCAGAAUUUAAAAAUGGUCUCUAUCAUCAUCGGUAUCAUUAUACCACUGGAGCUUCAGCCUCUGCGAUUGCUGCUGCUGCCGCUGUUGCUCAUCAACAAGCCAAUAAGAACAAUAAUAUUGGUGGUUUACCUCUUGGUAAUUAUCCAUCAACAUCACCUUAUGGAACAAGUCAAUCAAGUAAAAGCCUUACUGUUUCACCGGAAAAGGAAACAGACAAAAUUAACAAAUUAACUCCUUCAUUAUCAUCAUCAAAUAUUUACUCUAAUCUGGGUAGUAGUUCCCAGCUUCAUUUAUCAUCAUCAUCCUUUGUCUCAGGAUUAACGCGUUUUACAAAGCGAGAACCACUUCGACCAAAGUCAACUACCAACGAAUGCACCUCUUUAUCAUCAUCAUCAACUAAUCUUCACAAUCCUAACAUGGGAAGUCCCCAACUUCAUCUAUCAUCUUCAUCCUUUGUUUCCGGAUCAACACGUUUCGCCAAUUCAAAGCGAGAACCAUUACGACCAAAGUCAACAACCAACGAAUGCACCUCUUUAUCAUCCUCAUCUUCAGGUUCAUCAUUAUCAACCAUUAAUACACCAUUUCUAACAAGUCUCAACAACAAUAACAACACAAUUAAUUCAGUCAAACAUCAAACUUUACCAGGAUCAACAAGCAUAACCAUGUCACCCUCACCUAUGCUAAGCUCAUACGCCAUUGCCAUGCCAAUGUUAUGUACCCUUAACUCAUCCUCUUCCUCAGAGGAAGAUAUUGACACCGAAUGGCCAACCCUAGUGGAAACAGCAACCAAAGCAAUGGCAAUUAACAGCACCGGAAGUAACAGUGAUGCUUUAUCCGUUAAAAGUGAUAAUGCACUUGAACAAUGGGUUCGUGAAUUUGAAGCCAACGUAAGCUCAACUCCUAAUGGACAUUUAUCAUCUUCAUCAACACCAACCUCAUCUCUAUCAGCAACAACCUCAACCUCAUCAACCUUAAACCACCCAACAACAAUUACAACAAACAACAACAACACAUCAUCAUCAUUAUCAUCAACAUCAAGCCUUCCUACUCGACGAGGGACAUCUGGAGAGAAUCUGAAAGAGUUGAAAGAAACGGUUCAAAAGUUGCAAUACGAUCUGGUCAAGGAGCAAUCAGAUAAAGCGAAACUUGCGGAACUGGUCAAGUCGUUGGAGAAAGAAAACUCAAGGCUUCAAGAGGAGCGUAAAAAUGCUAUUCUACAAUUAAAAACUCUCACCGAUUUCUUUUUCCAUCGAUAGUAGGACAAGAAAGUUAAUCAAUCAAUUUGUAAAUUUUUUCUUCGGUUCAUUUUUUUUUUCUAUUAACAAUCAACCGAAAAUUACCUUUGCCUUUGUUUUUUAUUACAAUCAUAACUAUUAUAACAUAUUCUUUGUAAUGAGCUCACUCAAUUUUCGCCCUUUUUCUCAUUAAUUAAAGUUAAUCCUUUAUUCUCAA